AUGGCCUAUUACGACGAAUCGGGCGGUGAUGCCCCGCCAUAUUCAAGGUCGCAAAAGACUUUUGAAGGUGGAAUGGCAGGCCCGCGACGACCCAGACUGGUCACGGAUUAUAGCUCCUCGCUCGUACAAUGGAUGCGUACACGACGACCGCACUACACGGGAGGUCAUCGGAUGGAGGUAGAAAGGCCGAGUGCGAGCUAUGUGGUAGAUAUGCUCCCCCCAUUAGCGCGCGUUCAUUCCCCGGCAGACACCAUUCCCGUGCGCCAUCUACAUCAAUCUAUUGGAAAGUCGAAAAAGCCGAUCACCGUCGUGCGAUGGACUCCGGAAGGCAGGCGUCUUUUGACGGGUGGACAUACCGGAGAGUUUAUGCUGUGGAAUGGAACGGCCUUCAACUUUGAGACGGUGAUGGAUGCUCAUUACGAUCAACUGCAAGCGGGAGUGACUUCUUUGUCAUGGUCUCACAGCCAUGAUUGGCUGAUUUCCGGAGGACAAAAAGGUGAUGUGAAAUACUGGCGACCGAACUUUAACAACGUCGAAACCAUCGACGAUGCGCACCAUGAUGCCGUUCGAGACCUGGCAUGGUCUCCUAGCGACAGCAAAUUUCUCACGGCCUCCGACGAUACGACCUUGAAGAUCUUCGACUUUACCUCUCGAACGGCCGACACUGUCCUUACCGGCCAUAACUGGGAUGUCAAGUCCUGCGAUUGGCAUCCCACCAAGGGAUUGCUGGUUUCGGGGUCUAAAGACCACCAGGUUAAGUUCUGGGAUCCCCGCACGACAAGAUGUUUGACCACCCUGCACAGCCAUAAGAAUACAGUCACCGCAACGAGGUUCUCGCCGGUCAACAGCAAUCUUUUGGCAACGUCGUCGCGUGACCAGACGGCAAGGAUCUUCGAUCUACGUAUGAUGCGAGACAUCUGCAUUCUUCGAGGCCAUGAGAAGCCGGUCUCGUCUCUCACAUGGCAUCCUAUUCACGCUACGCUCGUGUCGACGGGCAGUGAGGACGGAUCCCUGUACCAUUGGUUGCUUGACGAGCCAAAUAUGCCUUCGGGACAAGCGCCCACGGUCGCACCGUACGACAGCACCGAUCCUGCGAACACGCCCGCGCAAGUAAUUCACCCGGCCCACAAGGUCCAAUAUGCGCAUGGCGCAACGAUUUGGUCAUUGGACUGGCAUCCGCUCGGACAUAUACUUGCGUCCGGUUCUAAAGAUAAUUUCACGCGGUUCUGGUCGCGGACUAGACCUGGCGAGACUAGCUACAUGAAAGACAGGUUUCAUAUCGGAGAAGAUGCCGCGGAGGCUCAAGGCACAUGGAACCGGGGUUUUGGAAAGCGACAGAUGCGGGAAGAGGAAGAGCAGGAAAUGCAGGACGAAGCCGAAAGCUUGGUCGAUCAGCGGAAACCUGCCGGCUCAUUUCUGCCCGGGAUACAAAGCGCACCUCCGGGCAGCGGGCCCCAGCAGAACGGGCCUGCGCCAUUGUUGCCCGGCAUUGGCGCCCCCCAACCGCCGCCGCCGCAGGGAAUGCCAGCCGGGAUGCCUCAGAUGGAUCCUGGCCGUCUGGCCGCCCUGCUCUCUACCCAGCAACCGCCUCAAGCAAACAAUUUCCCACCAGGCGCUGGUAUGCCUGGGUUCAGUAUGCCUCCCGGUAUGCCGGGAACGCCACCUGUGAAUGUCGACCUCGCCGAGCUACAAAAGCAGCUGAUGUCUCAAGGCGUCUCUUUGCCCCCGAAUUUCCCACCUGCAAACUUUGGCCCGAUUCCUCCGUCCAUGGGCCCUGGAGGCCUUCCUGGGUUGGGUGGUGGUAUGCCGGAUAAUGGAUAUGGCAGGUGA